AAGCGAGUGCGUGCGAGUGUAUGUAAUUAGUCACAACUGCUUUGCUAAGUAAUAUGAUGUUAUGGUAAAAGUUGGUCAGCUGCGAGCGAAUGAUUCGUCGGUGCGUGCGGCGCAUCCGCUGCACUUCCGAUAACGCGUGAGUCAACCGAGCGCGCGCACGGCGCGAGCUGAUCUCGAGCUCGGGUCAUUCAUAGGGACUGUCUCAUCAAGUCAUCACCCUGUCAGCAGUUUUCGCACUUCGCAAUGUAUAGGUGUCGUGGUCACAGUCCCCUGUCAGUCGAACUAGCGCCGCGUGUGAGACAGGUCGCGUCCGGCCACCCGACGCCGCGAGAGUAAACACGAUUAUCGCCCGGCUGUGGACACCACUAGUGUGAUAAAAACGAAAACAAUACCCCGACGGAUCCGCUUAGUGCCCGGUACCCUCGAAGUGUUAUUACAGUGAUUUAAAAUAACGCUUAUGGCUUAUCAUUUGGAGACUUGUGUGUCAACAGUGAUAACAGUGGCGGUGACAGUUAUUUCGGCGCAUUACAUCACCUGUUAAUUGGUCGAAGCUAUCAUUAUUGUAGCUAUCAAUCGCGGAUCGGGGGUAGUCGAGUCAGUAGCGCCUAAAAGGUGGAAGUGGUAGCACUUCUUUGUCGGAAGUAGUAGGAAAAUGCCAGUGUUCGGUUGCGAGAUGUUGACAUCGUCCGAGCUCUGCCCCAUGGGGUACGGAACGGCGCCUGAGUAUAUGCUGCCGGGGCCCGCCAUGACCUGGGACAAGCCUCAGGAGAGGCCUAACUUCAGUUUCACGCAUAGGAGUCUCUCGGAAGAGCUGAGUCGCCCGCCAUUGACAACCACGGUGUACAAUAAUAACAGCGGAGACAGCGACAUGCAGCUAGAGACGAGCAGCAGCGAGGCGAGCGCCGGCAGCUCGGCGGCCGUGUCUCAGCACUGCGCCAUCUGCGGCGACCGCGCCACCGGGAAGCACUACGGCGCCAGCUCCUGCGACGGCUGCAAGGGCUUCUUCCGGCGCAGCGUGCGCAAGAACCAUCUCUACACCUGCAGGUUCAGCAGAAAUUGCGUAGUGGAUAAGGACAAAAGAAAUCAAUGCAGAUAUUGUAGGUUAAGAAAAUGCUUUAAAGCCGGCAUGAAGAAAGAAGCUGUCCAAAAUGAGCGAGACCGUAUCAACUGCCGCCGGCCGUCGUACGAGGAGCCCACGCAAGCCAACGGGCUCUCUGUUGUAUCCCUGCUCAACGCCGAGCUGCUCAGCAGGAAGGUCAUAGACGAGACCAUCAACGUGUCGGACGCGGAGAUCAACAAUCGUAAGUUAGCGAAGAUCAACGACGUGUGCGACUCCAUCAAACAACAGCUGCUCAUCCUCGUAGAGUGGGCCAAAUACAUCCCCGCCUUCACCGAGCUCCACCUCGACGACCAGGUGGCGCUGCUGCGCGCGCACGCGGGCGAGCACCUGCUGCUGGGCUGCGCGCGCCGCUCGCUGCACCUCAAGGACGUGCUGCUGCUCGGCAACAACUGCAUCAUCGCCAAGCACAACAUCGACGGGCGUAUGGACAUAGACAUCAGCAUGAUUGGAAUGCGAGUGAUGGACGAGAUCGUGAAACCGCUGCGAGAGAUUGACAUCGACGACACAGAGUUCGCCUGCCUCAAGGCCAUCGUCUUCUUCGAUCCUAACGCUAAAGGCCUAUCACAACCGCAGAAGAUCAAGCAGCUCCGCUACCAAGUUCAGAUAAACCUGGAGGACUACAUCAGCGACCGGCAGUACGACGGGCGCGGCCGCUUCGGCGAGCUGCUGCUGAGCCUGCCGCCGCUGCAGAGCAUCACGUGGCAGAUGAUCGAGCAAAUACAGUUCGCCAAGCUGUUCGGCGUGGCGCACAUCGACAGCUUGCUGCAGGAGAUGCUGCUCGGAGGCGCGUGCGCCGAGCCGAGCGCGGAGGCGGCGGGACCACAGGCCCCGCAGCCCCCGCAGCCCCCGCAGUCGCCGCCGCUCGUGCCGCAGCUGCCCGACGCCAGCAUGUUCCCGCCGCCCUUCAAGCAGGAGCCCGACAUGAGCCCUGAGCACUCGUCCCGCAUCAUGAAGAAUGGCGACAUAAUCAUGUUAUAAAACAAACACCUCGUCCAAUAUUAUGUGCCUUGCGGCGUAAGCAGCUAACUAGGUAUAGUUAGGAAUCCUGUUUCUGGUAGUCGGACUUGUAUACGUCUGAGAUGAAAGAUUUAUGAAUUAUUUAUAUUAUCGUAUUGCGAUCGUAUCGUAGCGAUGUAUAUCGCAAAGAUAUUUUCGAAUGUUUUUAAAUGUUACAAUGGACGUUUGUUAGGGUGACCCAAACCCGUUAGUCUGUUAGUUUUUAAUUAUGUGGUGCCUGUAUUUUGUAGAUUUAUACACUUAGGUGUAGGUAGGUAUAUGACCAUUUUGCCCAAUAUAAGUUUUUUUUUUAUUUAUACAUAGUUUAGUCGUAAGUAUGGAUACUCCAAAAGUGCAAUUAUCUUCUAUACUCGGCUGUGUGACUCGAAGAAGACAAGUGUCGUGAAAUGAACAAACAUAUCGAUCAAUCGAACGAAAGCGACAUAGGUAAUCAAUUAUGAACGUUCAGGGAUAAUAUUAAUAAUUAUGUAAAUAUAUAUAUCGUUUUUUUUUUUUCAUUAUCUGCUGAAUUCUUGAAUAUUAGUUACCAUUAGUAAGCUUAGGUGAUGGUUCCAUUGAUUUUUCGUUAUAUAGGAGAAAGCUAUUUACGUUUCAUUUCUUUUUGAGUCAAACGAGUUGUUUUGUAGGCAUUUUUUUUAUAAAAUAUGAAAUGUGAAACGUGUGAUUUAAUGUGGACUGUAUCUACACAAUAAGUGUUAGUAUUGUAAUGCGCUUCCCUUAUUAUAAUUUUGUAGUCGAUUUAUACCAUUGCUAUGAAGUGCUCAAUAAAAGUUUCCUUUAAGUGGUUGAAGAAGUUUUGCCAUAUGCGGUGAAAGUUAUGUACGUAUUAGACAUUUAGUACGAAAUGUUGGGUUUGAGUCGUAGUUGUUACAUAAAAUAGGUGCCUUAUUAUCCUAUUGAGGUGUAUUGUUGAAAAUGUACAUACUAUGUUAUGAAUUUUUAGUAGAAUAUAUUUUAAUACAUAAUAAUCUGUUACAAUAA